CAAGGUACUCAUUCGAUUAGCUGAUGCGCCAUAGUCAGUGUGAUAUCGCUUACUGGCGUUCGGAUUACUCCGCAUCGAUCGCAUCGAAGGGAUUCAAUGAUCCAAUCCCGAAGAUACUAAAUCGGCCUGGAUUCCAAACCUGAAACUGUCCCUGAGACGCGCAGAGAGUAUAAUCAUUUAUGCAGCGUUAUGCCCCUAUCUCUUUUAUCAUUCUGAGUCUAGACUUACAUAUAUCUUCCUUUGUCUUAAACAUAGACUAGGCUUCCAUACAUUUUGACCGUCACAAUGCCAUCUGUUGACCCCCUGACAACAUUGCCUAAGACACGAACGGCUGUCGUGGCAGAGAGUGCUGGAAAACUAGUCAUUAAGCAUGACUUACCUAUCCCACCAUUGGCCGCCGACACGGUUUUGGUGAAAGUAGCAGCUGUUGCCAUCAACCCGUCUGAUGCCAAGUUUCUUGACUACAGUCCUGCUCCAGGCGCUGUCCAUGGCACCGAUUACGCCGGAACGAUAGUAGCGUUAGGGUCGGAUCCUAGCGUCUUACAUGGACUGAUGGUCGGCGACCGUGUUGCUGGCAUGGUGCACGGAAUGAACAAGUUGAUUCCAGAAAUAGGUGCUUUCGGAGAGUAUAUCGUCGCAACUGCUCACACUCUGUUAAAAAUUCCAGACAGCAUGCGCUUCGAAGAUGCAGCUACUCUGGGUCUGGCGACAGGAACGGCUGCCUUUGGCCUCUUUAGCAUGCUGCGCGUACCUGCGACCCUCGAGCAGCUAGCGAAUGGGGGCGUCAAUGCCAAAGGCAGUGACUUUGUGCUCGUCGCGGGUGGAAGUACAGCUACGGGUGCCCGCGCGAUUCAAUUGUUGAAGGCCGCUGGACUACGACCGAUCGCAACUGCGUCGCCCUCCAAAUUUGGCCUUGUUCGCGGAUUUGGAGCCGAGAAGGUUUUUGAUUACCACAGCGAGACGUGUGGCGCGGGUAUCCGUGAGUACACGGGAAAUGAGCUCGCAUACGCCUUUGAUUGCGUUGCUGAAGCAGAGACCACCGAACUCUGCUACCAAUCCUUAGGCAGAGCAGGAGGUCGGUAUGUCACUGUGGAGCCCUUCCGCGAAUCCGUGGUCAAGACACGGGAGUUCACCGUCGAACCGUCAUGGCUGAUGGCCACUUCAAUCUUUGGCAACAAGAUCGCACUUGAAGGAGCUUUUGCGAGGGAUGCGGUUCCCGAGUACAAGGUCUUUGGGGGUAAGGCAUUUGCCGCUGCCCAGUCCCUUUUGGACCAUGGCUUGAUUGAGCCACACCCAACGAAAUCAAUGCCCGGGGGUUGGGAAGGUGUAUUAGACGGGGUCAACAUUAUUCGCGGCCAGCCGCCAUCUGGUUACAAGCUUGUUUAUUCCGUGUAACUGGCUUCCUCUGGUCAAACUGGUAUCAAAUUGAUGUUGUCAGAUUAUAACUUUGAAUGCAUGUGCAUAUACCACUUCAAG